AUGGCCCGGAAUCUUCGCGCAAAGCUUCAAUAUGCGGCUUACAAAGUUCGGCAUAAUGUUGCCCAUCUCACAUUCGCGGAGUUGGAGGCAUCAGUCCAACGACAAACAACUCCCACACGCUUCCCUGGCCCCGUCACCCGAGCACCCGCUUUCGUUAGCGCCUCAAGCGCUGCUGCUAAUGGGCCCACGCAUGGUUCCACAGCACCUGUCGAGCCUAGACCCGGUCAUACGGUUUCAACCUCCAAUCCCCACGGCCCGCCCCCCAGCAGUACCGAAAGCGCAGAUGCGGUUCAAGCUUUCUAUACCUCCAUAUCUGCACGCCUGUUCCCCGGGCAAUCACGCACCGCCCAAAGCGCAGGCCCACGUCAUGAACUGCCUGGUUCUAAGCAGCGGCAUGCGUUGCGUACUGGCAAGAGCCUUUUAGACGAUGCGGAUGCGUCUUCUUUCGCGGAGCGUGCGCAGGUUGAGCAUACCUCCGAGGUCGCAACAAGCACUCCAUCCUUGAAACGCAAGGCCAUCGCGUGUCCUAAUCAUCAGGCAGAUAAGAGGAGGCGCACGGACGCAUGUGGUCUCAUUGCGGGGAGUGGCGACAAGGAAGAUCUACUGGCGGCCGCGAUGCUCACUGACCUCCGCUCGAGAGGUCAACGCGGAGCCGGCAGGAGUGAGGAUAUCUCGCAAGCUAUGCAGAUGUCGCAUCGUCCGACUGGCAUGACCAGUCUUCCCUUCAUCAACCAUCAGCGUCGUAGCUCGGCGCGACUCUCGGCGCGACUGCAGCCCAGUGCGCACAAUAUCUAUCAGACAGCACCUGCCUCUUCGUCUGAGGCGCCUUAUACACUUGGAUCUAGUCCAACGGCCGCGUCUUCUACUGCAUGCGUUAGACACGUCACUGGCGCGCAGUGCGUCUCACCUUGCCUUGUCGACCGGGACGCAAUCGCUCUGCUCAGUCACUUCCACAACAACCCUUCGCUCAAUGAGGAAUAUACUACCACGAUGGUUCGCGAGGGUGGUACGCGCCUCACUACAGCCACACGAGGAGUUCCCGGUGCAAUGAUCGCGGCGACUUCGAAUAUUCAAGAUAAUGGGCGUAAUGCGUCUCUAUAA